AUGGCUACUGGAGGCGAGUACCACUGGAAAGACGCCACCGAUAUCUACGUAGGGCACUCGGCGAGGGCACUCCGGACCAGCCGUACCCUUCGGAGCCUCUAUAUCGACCCGCUCGUCGCGAUUCUCACCCACCAGAACUCCCCAACACAACUGAAGGUCGCGAAUGAGACAGUGGACAUGGUCGGAGUGUUUGACGCUGAUCCUGGUGUCUCAAUCGGGGUGGUCUCUCGGCCAGUGACAGUGGUCGUGACAGGGAAUGCCCCCUUUGACCAGGUGAUCGCCAACUCAACAUAUCGAGAUGUCUUCUAUGACGCCCCGCUGGAGGAUGUUGAGAACGACAUGUAUAGCGUGCAGAACUCUCACUACGCGAGUGUCUCCUGGCGACGCGCGAUCGGCCCUCAGAGACUGGGUGGAGGGUGGGGCACGCCUAGCUGGCCAGUGUCUCUCCGGAACGACAUCUGGAGGCAGUUGAUGGCGGAAAAGGUCGGCGUCCUCAACGUGGACGAUCUGGUCAUGGCCACGCGAUGGGACUGGAGCUGGUAUCAUAUUGCCGGGCUUUUUCUGUGCGGAUGA